AUGCUGGACCAGAAGCCAUCGGACCCCAGCAUAUCGGUGCGGUUUGAUCAUGCCUGGGUCAUCCCACCGAGCCUUUUCGAUGAAAGUGACAUGGACCCGCGGGAAAGCAUCUAUUGGGCAGCUUUAAUCAAAGUACGAGAAUUAGAAUCUAGCCAAAUUGGCAAACUCUUACAGGGUUCUCUUUAUCCUCUUCUGCAGGCAUUUUUAACCCCAGCGAAAACAUUCGAGCUUCAGACCAUUUUGCAGACUGACACACCGGAAUAUCAGCUCAAAAAUCUAUUCUUACUCUUUCCUAGUGUACAUUCGGCUUUUCGAAAUGGACAUAUCCGAGUAUUUCCAGCGACCAAUACCCCGGACCAGUGGAAUGAUGAAACCGAGACCAGAAUCAAAACCGCCAGCGAAGUUUAUUAUUUUGUGGCCAGAAUGUCGCCUGAGCCUUGUGGCUGGCUAUUCCUUAGCGAUGGCAGCCACUGGAACUCAACAAUGCAAAUGUUCAUCAUGGAGAGCCAAGACACCAACCAGGCUCUUCCAUAUCCAUUCUUGUUACGAACUCAUUAUCGCAUUGCAGCUUCCAUGCAUCUAUUUCAUGUCGAAGAACAAAUCGCCGAGGGCUGGCCUUCGCCUCCGUUGUUCCAAUUGAACAAUGCGACCCAGAAAGUUUUACGCUCAGUCUGGCGUGCCGUGCCUCACUUUAUACGUGUCCAAUGUUAUGGCGCGCUCUUGAAGCUAGGCAGUCAUCUAUACCCGCGCUAUUUUACCGGCCUUGUGCACCGGUUACCGUUCGGACUGUAUGCAAAAGGAUGCACUCGUACCCCUAAUGAAGGAGAGACACUCAGGCUCGUGGAAUGGUAUACUUCGACCCCGGCGCCCCUUUGGGUUGAUGACUACCAGGGCAUACACCGCGUUCUUAUCAUGACGGCCGUGUCUGGACAAACGCUGGAUGUGGUUUUUCACCGACUCUCAUACUCGGAGCGCAAGCGAUUGUCGAAAGACCUGAAAAGUGUCUUAUCGCAACUACGUUCUAUUCCAAAUCAGACCUCAUACCGCUUCGGUGAUAGUCAUGGCGGCCCGCUAUCUGAUUAUCGUUUCCCCUCCGGCGUAUGUGGUCCGUUCAACCAAAUUUAUGAUUUCAACUCCUUUCUCGUCCACAGAUACGUGCUCAACGAGACAAAGGAAAACAUUACGGCCGUCCACGCGCGUCCGUAUCGGUCUGUGUUCAGCCACACGGACCUGCAUCCCAGGAAUAUUAUCAUUGAUCACGGGCGCCUAUCUGGGAUUAUGGACUGGGAAUGCGCUGGCUUCUAUCCUGAAUACUGGGAGUUAACCAAGCUUUUCUAUGGCGCACAGCCAUUUCCGGAAAUACAAUCAUUCAUUCAUGAUGCAUUCACGGGAGAUACAUAA